UAUUACCACAGCCUUAGCAAGAAUACAUAAUUCAUUAUAGUUUUAAUUUGUUUUAGAUGUUUGUAGAUGUCUAUAGAAUUUCUGUUGACAUUUUCUGUUUGAAACGAGGGAUCAUACAUACAUUGGGGAAAUUUUACCUGCUUGAUUGAUUAAAAAUGCAAAUUACGCAUUAUAAUGCUAAUAUAAUGAAUGUUUCUAUUUAUCGUUUGGGUGCCAUGAUGCUAUAUAUCAUUAUGAUAACGUUCCCGGUAUUAGGUUAGGUAUAUUUCGAAAAUGACAUGCAUUGUCCAAUACAGUAAGUUGAGUGAAUGUAGUGAUUAUAUUAUAGUGCAAUUAGUGCAGUACAAAAAGUGUUGAAAUAUAUACAAAAAAUAAAAUCAUGGCGUUGACGAAAGUUGGUCGAAUUGCCAUGAAAACUCUGAAUGAUGAGAUAAAAGUGUUGAAUAAUGUAAUUGUGAGAAGGAACAAUUUUGUCUAUACUCCUGAUACAAAAAUUACAGUUCAAGGAGAGAAGACCAAAAUGAACAUGUUCCAGUCGAUCAACAGCGCCCUGGACAUCGCCUUAAGGACGGACGACACGGCCCUCGUGUUCGGCGAGGACGUCGGCUUCGGCGGCGUGUUCCGAUGCACGCUCGGCCUCAGGGACAAGUACGGCAAGGACAGGGUGUUCAACACGCCGCUGUGCGAACAGGGCAUCGCGGGGUUCGCCAUCGGGGUGGCGGCCGUGGGCUCGACAGCGAUUGCCGAGAUACAGUUCGCUGAUUACAUCUUCCCUGCCUUCGAUCAGUUGGUGAAUGAAGCAGCUAAAUACCGGUACAGGUCUGGAGGUACAUUCGAUUGUGGGAAACUGACAGUACGUGCACCUUGUGGAGCAGUAGGACACGGUGCCUUGUAUCAUUCCCAAAGUCCUGAAGCUUAUUUUGCACAUACUCCUGGUCUCAAGGUAGUGAUUCCAAGAGGUCCAACUAAGGCGAAAGGUCUCUUACUGAGUUGUAUUAGAGAUCCAGACCCUUGUUUGGUAUUAGAACCGAAAAUAUUAUACAGGGGAGCAGAGGAAGACGUGCCCGUAGGAGAUUUUCAGUUGCCAAUCGGUAGAGCAGAUAUUCUUGCAGAAGGUAGCGAUGUUACUCUCAUUGGUUGGGGAGCCCAAGUGCAUGUUCUCAAACAGGUAGCACAAUUAGCUAAAGAAAAAUACAGCGUGUCUUGUGAAGUUAUAGAUCUAGUAUCUAUUUUGCCAUGGGACAUGGACACUGUUUGUAAGUCGGUUAAGAAAACUAAACGAGUUCUGAUAGCACAUGAAGCUCCACUAACUGGCGGAUUUGGUGCUGAAAUAGUCGCAACAAUACAGGAGGAAUGUUUCCUACAUCUCGAAGCACCCAUUGCCCGAGUCACGGGCUUCGACACGCCGUUCCCGCACGUUUUCGAGCCCUUUUACUUGCCAGACAAAUGGCGGUGUUUGGCCGCCGUCGCAAAGCUGGUUAAUUAUUAAAUGAUGCGCAUAGUAAAA